AGACGACAGAUUAUCAUUACGGUGAGAGGAGCCAGUACGUCCACCCGAACGUCGUUUGUCAGCUUGUGUUGUCCGUGUUGUCCCUGUCGCCAUGGCCCAGAUCGAAGGAGAAUUUGGCCCUCAAGGAGAUUUUGCAUCCCUCGGGCUGGCUGUACAGUCUCAUAAAGAAAAUGAGUUUACAGUGAAAACAAAUGUAUGUGAAAUCAGGUUCAAAUCAACCAAGCCUGUGAAGUUUACUCAAAAGAUGGUCAACGUCAAAGACGAGGAGGACGACCUGUCCUCAUACGUCUUCAGCCAACGGUACGACGAUUGUAUGCACUUUUGCAUCAAUUUUCCCGAGUCGGGAAGCUACAAAUUCCAACUGUUUGCUCUCCCCGGAGACACCAAGGAGACCUCUUUGCCCAACGUCUUCAACUACAAGAUCAAAGUCGAAGGCGCGUGCCACGCCGUCCACGCCUUCCCCAAGCAGUAUGCGCAAUGGAAAGAUGGCUGCUCUCUCGUAGAACCAACGGUCCUCAACUCCAAUUGCUCACUGACGUCGGUCAAGUUCAAGGUCAACAUCCCCAAUGCCAAGGCCGCCGCCAUCGUAAUUAAUGGAUCAGAUUGGAAGCAUUUGGAUAAAGCCGGCUGUUGCUUUACAGGAACAUAUGACCUUCACAAGCUGAGAAAUUCUGGUGCCAAGGUCACCCUGAACGCCAACUUCGAUGAAGGGUCAGGGUCGUAUCCUACCCUCCUGGAGUACAAGAUUUAAACUGUUCAUCUUUGUCAUAACCUCUUCAUAAGGACGUAUCACAAGAUGCUUCUGACUGGAAUUGCUAUCAUACUGUUUAUACUGUUUACAUGACUGUCCAUGUGUUUCUCUUGUAUCGAUACUUAUUGGAUGGCGUACUCUCAGAUAGAUCGGAUUUUACCAGCAGAUCUUCAGUUCUCGGCUGUAGUUUCUCCCCUGCGCUGUGUGGCUCUACUCACCAUUCUGUUCACUCCCAUUUCUCAGGCGGAAGGAUCUCAAAAAGAACUAUUUAUUUAGCAUAACACAAUAAAUAGUCAAUCGACAAGUGCCCAGCUCUUUGGGCAGAAAAACACCGACAUUUAGACGCUAAGUUGUUUCCCAUGCUGCACCUCGGGAUGGAUUACGCCGGUGUGGUGGACUGUUUUUGUGGAGGAUCCGAAAUUAGACUCUCGUCAUCCGUGGUUAAUGCUGACGUCAUACCUUUGUUUUCUUUCGGGUAUAAUGUCUUGUGUCUAUUUCUGGCAUGUUUGGAUAUUAAUGUUGUAAUUAAUUACCAAAUACUCCAACUUCCUUUUCUAUUUCAAAGAGCUUCAUGUAUUAUUUGUUUUUAUUAUAUCAAUAAAGUUUCAAAAUUA